AUGUUUAUCAAAUUGUAUAAAAGGCUCGUGAGUACACAAGAAGCAGACAAUCCGAUGCGCCUCAACAUUCUCUUACUCCUUGUGCAGAUAGAGAGGGCGCUCUCGCAAAAAUCUGAAAAGAAUGAACAUAUUUGUGUAAAUGAAGAAUACACGUACCACCUUCAUACUUAUCCAUGUAGUGUCACGUUUGGCCAACUUAGUAAAGCAGGAUCACACGCGGAACAACUCCAAGGACAUUUCUACCAUGACCUAAACAUGACUCCUUCAAUUCCGUUAGUACGUGUCGCCUGCGCUGUGAGUGAUGGUGUGAAAAUUCCGGAAAAGUGUGGUUUCAUGUAUUACACAACCGAAAAUCGAGAUCGAAAUACUCAAAUGGUCAACGUCAUCAAAUCAAAGUUAAGGGAAGCGCAGCGAAAAGGAACUAUAUAUUUUUUCUUUAAUUGCUACUCGCAUGGGACUAAAGUCACUUGUGCCGCCAAAAUUGAGCCCUGGAAAGGAAACAUGAAGCCAAAGUGUACUUCGCAGAAACUCAACCGAAAGCAGCAGCGGACUGGGGAGAAACAAAGGCGGGUUUCCGCGUCUACCACAGGAGGAGAUUCACCCCCACCCGUUUCCACCCAGAGAGAAGUUCUUCACGGCUCACCUGUUAAAGAUCCACCCCCACCCGCUUCCCCCGAGGAAGAAGAAGUUCUUGGCGGCCCACCUGCAGAUGGGAGAGAAACACACAAACAGAGCCCACUUGGCGAUUCAACCGAGGAGCAAGAUUCAUCCAAGCACGACCCACCUUCCCACGAUAAAGAAGCAGGCGGACCCCCGCCUACCGCGAUUGGACCAGAUGGACCAGAAACUGAUUUGCUUGGAUCGCAUGAGUCCGGACCGGGUCCAGCUACCAGAGACGGAGACGCAAGCCUCGGUCUUUCGACUUCUUCGGAAGAUCCUUAG